ACUUAUCUAAAGUGAAUAUUUCUUCAGCAUCUAAAGUCACAUUAGAAGUUGUGACCCUUAUAACCUUUGAUCAGACUCGAUCACAAGAUGCUGAUUCUUUGUCUCCUUUCAGCUUUUCAGAAAACAAUCAUAUUUCAUACAGUUCAUUUCAGGAAACUCUUCUCUACCUAUUAUCUGAAAAGUACCAUACAAUUAAAAGUUAA